ACAGCACCUGCUGGGACCACCUUGAGAAGAGGAUGAUCCUAAACAGAGCUGGGAUCUGGGGGGCCCUCGCCCUGACCGCCAUCAUGAGUCGCUGUGGAGGUGAAGACAUUGUGGAGAAAUCAGAUGUUUUUCUCUAAGGGUCACCACUGUUACAGAAGCAGAGACCUUAGAAGAAUUGCUUACUUUUUAUGUACUUUGUAAUAUUGUCACUGUCCUUAUCAUACCCUUUCAUAUACUCUUAAAGAGUUAAAGGAAACUCUUUUAAAAUAAUUAUCUCAUGUGUGCUUUAACUUGGUUUAAAAAUAAAAGGAGGAAGGAGUCCAUGUAUACAAAAUGUUGUUCUGAGCCAGUCCUGAGGGAGAGGAUCCACAAUGAAUGUGUUCUUAACUGAUGAAGAAAUUAAGUGAGAGAGAAAACGUAUGAAGCAGAUGGAGGUGACCUGAGUCUCUGGGACAGAAAGCUAAUGCCAUGGUCAUUCGUUCGUUCCCUGUUUCAUCCUGUGACAGUGUUCAUGCUGACCACGUUGCCAACUAUGGCGUAAACUUCUACCAGACCUACGGUUCCUCUGGACAGUACACUCAUGAAUUCGAUGGAGACGAGGAGUUCUACGUGGACCUGAAUAAGAAGGAGACUGUGUGGCAGCUGCCUGUGUUUAGUGAAUUUAGAAGGUUUGACCCCCAGGGUGCACUGAGAAACAUUGCUACAGGGAAACACUACCUGGACAUCAUGAUUAAACGCUCCAACUCCACCGCUGCGGUCAAUAAGGUUCCUGAGGUGACCGUGUUCCCCAAGUCUCCCGUGAUGCUGGGUGAGCCCAACACCCUCACCUGUGCCGUGGACAACAUCUUCCCUCCUGUGAUCAACAUCACAUGGCUGAGCAAUGGGCACGCAGUCACAGAGGGUGUUUCCGAAACCAGCUUCCUGUCCAAAAGUGAUCAUUCCUUCCUCAAGUUCAGUUACCUCACCUUCCUCCCGUCCGCUGAGGACGUUUACGACUGCAAGGUGGAGCACUGGGGCCUGGACCAGCCGCUGCUGAAGCACUGGGAGCCCGAGAUUCCGGCCCCCAUGUCAGAGCUGACGGAGACUGUGGUCUGCGCGCUGGGGCUGGCCGUGGGCCUCGUGGGCAUCGUGGUGGGCACCGUCCUCAUCAUCCAGGGCCUGCGCCCAGGUGGCGCCUCCAGACAAGGGCCCUUAUGAAGGGGAGGUGCCCACCCGCAAGAGCAGAGGAGUGGACGGGCUCGGCGACCAGCGCUGCUUUCUGUCCAAGGUCCCCAAGUUCCUUCUCUCUUCCCGCAGCCCUCCUCCCCCUUCUCCGUGACUAAAGGCGCCGUGUCCCCCUCAGACCUCACACACCUCUCGGAAUUCUCCCCCAAACUCCUGAAUUUUUUUCCCAAGUGUUACCUGUUGUGGGAUUCCUGGGUUAUUCCCUCAGUUACUUGGUCCUCAGUGACCCUGAACCAGUAUCUCCAUAUAAGAAUAAACCCCCUUCACCGGGUCUUUACUGAAGGGGUCUCCUGUUGUUUAUCUCAGGACUGACUAGGACCCUGGCCCCUAUGCUUCAGCCCAUUUAAUCUCAUUUCCCAGGUCAUGAUUUAUGCCCAGUAACACAAAAGAAAUCAGGUACAGUCUGAUGAUGUUUUGAUAUCUUAGCUGAGGUUAAUAUUUCUCUCUUCCUUGUGUUCCCAGCUUUGGCCACCCCCCCCCCCCCCCCAAUUCAGGCAUCGAUGAAAGUAAUAUAUACCUUCUGUCCUUGGUGGAAAUUUGUUAUAGGGGAAAUAUGAAAGCCAGGAAAUUAAUCUGCAUUUAUUUUAAUAGAGCUGUUAAAAGUUAUGACAGAGAAAUAAGUUACUAGAAAGAAAUUUUGAAUUUCAAAAGUAACAGUAGUAAGUACUUUUCCCCAAACUUUAAAUUUGUGAAGAAGUAAUGAUAGUAAAAGCUUUUUUGUCCCCUCCUCACCCUGGAGGUCAGAGUGCUCCAGGCAGAGGAAGCGGGUCAGGAGAGCAUUAGAGCAGACAGUAGUGCAGGUACCCGAGGACCGAACACUUUGUCCUUACUGGGGUAGUGACAGACGGAGAGGGUGGGGUAGGAACCGCAGGCACACUUCGGGGCCCUGGAUCACAGGGGCAGCUUGCCUCACCCCCUGGGUGAAGUCCUGCCGGGUAACCACGUGGGUUUUCCUGUGCCACCCUGGCGUGUCCGGGACGGGGUGACGAUGGCUGCAGGGUGGUCCUGGCAGUGAGCCCAGUCAGGCUCUCUGAAUGCCAUGUGUCCCUGUGAGCCCUGGGGGCCGCAGAACAGCCCACUGUCCCCAGCCCUGUUCUCCUCCUCUCCGGGCUACGGAAAGCACGGCCUGUGAGGGAAAUCGCGGGGGUGGGGGACACAGCACGGUUGGGAUCAUGCAGCUGUGGGUGCGGAUCCUCCCCUAGAUUCGCUGUCUCCAGUGGAAACCCUCCAGGGUGAAGGAUCACUGGGGGGUGCGCUGGCUCUCCUGGGGGUGCCCAACACUUCACGAGGGGAUGUGGCCUGACUGGGAGUCGUUGCGCCUUUGAAGUUGUCCUCAGCCCGUCGCCUCAGCUUUCCGCUCUGCAGUCCCCCGAUCCGCACGGGCACCCAGGACGCCAUCGCGGGGGAGCUGCCGAAGGCUGAGGCUGCCGCUCUGCAGUCCCCGAUCCGCACGGGCACCCAGAUGCCAUCGCGGGGGAGCUGCCGAAGGCUGAGGCUGCCGUCCGUGUAGGCCUCAGGGAGCUCCAGUGUAACGGGGGUAAAAGUAACAUGAUCAUCGAUAAAGCGUAGUUCCGUACAAAGAAACCUAAGUCGGAAUCCAGGACUCUGUACCUCAGAGCUAGGAUUUUAAACUCUGUAACCCUGGGUAAAGCAGCUAACAUUUCUGUGCCUUGUUUUUCUCAUCCGUACGUGGGAGCAAUAGUACUUUCCUUGCAGAGUUAUUGACAGAAUUGAGUAACUUGAUAUAUGGGCAGUGCCUUAUACAUAGUAUACAAAUAAAUAAGAAAC